CUCGCGACAAGCCUCCAAGCAAGGGGAAAGGGGCCAGGAAGACGCCCGAUUGGUUGUUGGGGGCGAGCGACCUGACGCGUCCCGUGUCCUCGCGUCCUGAUUGGCUGAGCCGCCUCGUGUAUAUAUACCGCCGUUCGCCGGCCCGAGCUUCAGUCGUUUUGCUGAAGACGCAGACGAUGUUUAACAUGAGCCCAAGGUCUACCGCCGAGAACCCCAAUACCACCCUGCGCUACCGCCGCCUGUGUCACCAGAGAACAGACCCCACGUGGAGAAAGGUGACUACUCGCUGCCAAUGGCCCCCGUGUAUCUCUCCUUUACCUCUGUCUAGUGUCUGUCUCUCCUAAUGAUGGUCAUUCAUAGAUAGAACCACAAGGUUCUAAUAUUCCACCCAUAUAGAAUGUACGUUCCAAUGUAGAAUGUCCAUAGACUAGUCUCCUAUCCGCCAGGGACACUGAUUUAUCAAAACAGACCUAUUGGUCUCCAUGGUGAUUACUCCCCAUUAAUAUACUAUACAUUGUGAUCACACUCUAUUUAGCCCUCUGCCCCCAGAGUACACAUUUUACCUUGAUAAAUAGCCCCCCUUCCUAAGUGUCUGUCUUGACUGUCAAUGUCUGGUCCAGAAAGUCUCUGUCAGCAUGUAUUGACCUGCCUGUUUAUCUCUGAUAACUGCCCACAGCUCUGCUCUUAUCUAAGGAACAGUAAUGGAUUACAUUAUUUAGAAUAUUAUGUAUUUAUUUAAGAGGCUGACAUUGGUUUAGAAGAGGCUAAUCUACAUUUAAUGACCGUCUUUAUUGCUAUUUUCGUCUUGUAAAAGGCUCACUCUUUUGUUGUGGUACCAAAGCUAAAAUGUGUUUGUUUGUUUUUUGUUAUCCGUAACGUUAAGUGUAGGACAGCAAUGGUUGAAAUGUCUUAAAAUCCAUUGAUAAGUAUGCACUGCAUUUGAUGAUUGAACACUCUUGAAGCCACACGUUAAAUAAAUGUACAUAUUAGGUUUAACCUUCCAAUUCCCCUGCAUGUAAGGUCAUUACAGAUGUAACUUCAUGUGGUUCCAUGUAAAUGUCUGCAUGGCUUCAUUUAAAAAAAAAAAAGCUGGGAUUUCCAGCCCUCCAUUCAGUUUGCUUUAGCUUUGAGAAUGUUAAAUUUCCCUGAUCCAGCUUAUCGUCUGGAAAAAGCUGGCACAAGUCCAUCAGCUGGAAAACGAGUGAAUUGAUGCAGGAAGCAUGAUCAGACAUGUCUGCUGCUGUCUCUGCAAGGCCUAUUGUAGUCCCUAGGGACCCUGUGAAUGAUGCUUUACCAAACUAUUGUUAAUCGACACAUGCAAGGUGAAUUGUCCACACCUGACCGAAAAAGGUCUGCAUGUAAUUAAUGGUAGAAAAUUGCCACAGUUGUUACUACUUACUAAUAUGUGUACAAAAUGUUUUUGUCACGCAUUUCUUCCUGCUGUAAUCUGUUAGCCACAAUAAAAAAAAUCUUCCAGCACUAUUGGUUAAAUAGCCUUUUUAUAUCUAUGUAGAAUUUGUUCCAUAGACUGGCUAACGUGUCUUGGUAUAAUUGUGUAUUGCAGCUUUAAGGCUGGCAAAGCUUCUUGGGAGUUGUAGUUUCAAAACAAUCUACCACUUGACCAUUUGUAAGCGAGAAAACAAUCUGCCUUGUCAAAGACUGUAACCUUCAGUGUUAACUCAAGGUUAUUGUAAAUGACUGUGUAGCAAUAACAGAAGUGUUUUGCGUGACAAACAGGAAUGCAGAGUGACAUUGCAUAUUGUAUCUCACUCCGUAAACACGGUUCCUCACUAAAUCCUGCCAGACUGUUCUGAAUUUCCUAAUUCUGUCAUGGUUUUUUAAAUCUAAAAUUGUGGCUUUUAGAAGCUAUGUAAAACUGAUCAUGGCUUUUUAUUUUAUUUCAGUUUUGGAAGAGAAAGACAAUCUUCAUUCAUCACCACACCUGAGGUAACUAAAUUGAUGCUGUGCAAAAUUAAGACGUUAAAUGUAAGCAUGCUUGUGAAUGACCUAUAGUUCACCAGGUUCAUGGCCCACUGUAAGCCUUUCUGAUGUGAUCCAAUAUUUUAAUUGCUAAAUAUGUACAGACAAAUCCACAAGUCCUUUCAUAAACAAGUUGCAAAACUACAUGCCAUAAACAGGGACAAAGUGCAAUGCAUGAUUGCCUCAGGACACACUUAUGUGCUGCAGAUACGUAAUGAUUAUGGUAAACUUGGUUCAUGGUCAAAAGGCAAAUUCCAUCUUGACAGUCAGGUAGUCUGGUAGGUGUACUUGCAAGAACUGCGAAAUUCAAACAAUGGGUACUAGCUAGUUUGCAGCUUCUGUUUGUGACUUGUCUUGAUGUAGACAAACUUAACUUUACUUUUGGGAUAUAAAACUUGAAAAAAUGACCCCUGCUUUUAAAGCACAGCAUACCUGGUAUAAAUAAUGCUAAAAUACCACUGUAAGGCGGAUUUGACAUUUAUGCAUACCAAAGACCCUAACCAAAUGUUUAGUAGGUCAUUCUGAUCCUAUCUACUGAAUUAUUGCAAAAGUUGGUGCAUAGAGCACUUUGCACCAACUGUCUGUUCUAAACCAGAAGAUCUGCUAUCUAUUAAUCUUGUAUAAAGUUAUUUUGUCCUAAGUUAGUGGAACUGCUCUUUGGGGAUAAACUGCUUAUUCCAUACACUUGGCUAAACAGCAAUUUAUGGGCUAAGAAUAGGAUACUUAAAGGUACACUGUAGGUACCCAGACCACCCAAACACUUUUACACUUAGUGCUGUAAUGUAAUGUAAAACACUGCAGUUCCAGAGAACUAAGUCUGCCCUCUGUGGCUGUGUAACGGAAUCCUCAUAGACCUCCAGCGUCAGAUUUUCCCCAUAGGAAAGCAUUGAAUAAUGCUUUCCUAUGGGGAGGUCUAAUGUGCGCGUGCGGCCGUUGCCAUGCAUGCGCAUUAAGGCUGGCGUGGGUGGUACCUGACCCAGCGUCGAGGGACAUCUGUGCUGGAUUCAGCUAAGUAGCUGAAGAGGUUUUAACCCUUUUAGCGACAUGGGAUGGGGGCACUCCAGGAUUCUCUAGUGCCAGUAAAAUAGAUUUGUUUUCCUGGCACUGGAGAGUUCCUUUCAGAUUGUAGACCUCUUCCUGGUGUUAAAGGGGUCUGUUUGGAUCAGCAGGGAGACUCACUGAAUGAUUUGACUUUGGUAUUGCAUCCCAAUCCACCCAUUAGUGAGAUCAAUUCUGGUGAUCUCCAAUCAGUUGCUUCAUAGAGAAGCAUUGCAGACUACAAUCUGUAAACUGCAAUUGCCACUCUCAAUCCCAUCAGAAUCAUUAGCCAUAUUCAGGCAGCAUGAACAGGAAGUACCUUGAAAAUCAAGGUUUUCCUAGUGCCGUAAUAAAACAAGAUGGCAUCUACACCUCAAACUACAUUAAGAUGGGAAUAGCUUUGGUGCUUUAUGUACCAUUGAGCUUUAUUUAAAUGCUUCUAUAGCCUGCAUUUCCUUUAGGACCACAAAGCUGAGAUUUCAAAUCCACCACCAACAGAUCUGAUAUCGAGGGUCUAUUGCACCAUCCAACAUUAUUCUGUCGGUAUCCAGGGAUACAUGGGAACUGUCCUUGGGCAGCAAAUAAGUCACUUGUGCUGUGAAUUGGCACUAGAAAUUAGUCCCGUAGAAUGGGAGGGGGACAGCUGUGUACAGUCUUAGUGUCAGCCCCUACCUUGGAACAGUCACCCACUACAGUCGGGUGACCCAUCCCAAUCUGCUACCUCCCAGUGCUUGGAGGAAUUCAGUUUACUUCUGUGAGCUGGCCCCAUUUUCAAGUGAAUGAGCUUCCAGUUGCGGCACAGAUGGGUAUGCAUGCAUUUGCAAGUUGGUCCUCAUUGAUUCCAUGAGGGGUUGUAAUCAAAUGUAUACAACAUCCAAUAACUCUUGGAAAUGUGGGCUUUCAGCAAGCAAACCUUACUUCAGGCAAGACUGCAAUUGUGCUUCUGUAUUUCUGUAACACUGAUACUUGCUGUGUCUAUGAAAUUGAGAGUUAACGGAUUUGUUUAAUUUCCACUUAUAACUGCAAGUCCUGUUAACAUAUCCUUAAUGUUUAAAAUGAUACUCUAAUCAUUAAAACAACUUUAGCUGGUUUAAAGCAGUUUUCAUGUGUAGAUCAUGCCCCUGCAGUCUCGCUGCUCAGUCCUCUGCUAUUUAAUAGUUAAAUCACUGGUUUUGGUUUAUGCAGCCGUGGCUGCAUUUCACACAGCCAACAUGAGAAAUAUUUAACUUCAAUUAUAUUGUCUUUUUGCAGUGUUUUUUAUUUUAGAUGCUCUCAUCGCUUGCUCUGUUAAUUAAAACUUAAUCCAAUGUAAGGAUACUACAGGCUAAUAACAGAGCAGGAGAUAAGACAUUCUAACUUACACUGCCGUAAAGGAAGUUUAAACAUUAGAUCUCUUUAUAGGGAAUGUUGGGAGGGUGUGUAACGGGCAGGUGGCAAGUGCUGCAAAAAAAUGGUGAGGCUGCAGGGACAUUAGGUGUCUUUUUAAAAAAUAAAAAUAAACCACUACAUGUGGGUUAUAACUCUGGCUUGUAAUGUGCAUUCAUCUGUUUCCUUCCUAGGAAGUCUCUUGUGCAAAGACUGCCAAACCAUGAUGGCAGAAUCUCUGCCCUGCUGUGGCCCCAUGGGCACAUUGGCCGGAUGGGAGUUGGAAGCCUGGUAUGAAGAUCUACAGGACAUCUUGUGCUCAGACAUAAAGAAUGCAGACUCUUUCCAAGCUGCUGGGUGUGAAGAGCAGGUUAGCUUACAUUAUCAAAGUAUGAUUAUUCAGUGUGAGAUCCUGUGCCCUGAGUGUACGGUUUGUAUACCACAGAUAAGUCUAUAUCCAGCCCAGAUCAUUGUUUAGUGAACUGGGAGUGACUAGCGUUGCUCCAAGUUCAGUUGCUACUUCAGAACACUAAAGUGGUCAUGGACCUUGGCAUAAAAAUUGUUUUAUUUAAAAAAAAAAAUAAAAUGUAUCCCCAGAGUAAAAAUAAUCUAAUUUAUUUGGCUUUAUAACCUUAUAAUCUUGGCUUGUUUGUCUCUAGAUAUCUAACUUGUGCUUUUAUAAAUAUUAACCUGACUUGGUGAAAUGCCCUAUUUAAUAUUGGAGUGCAGUAAUUAGUAAUGCAAAAGUUAGAUCCAUAAUUUUAUUUUGAAACUCCAAACUGCUUGGCUGAUUGGCUUACCUGUUAAACUUCUUGUUUUCAGAAUGGGCAGAUGCCAGUGGAUGCUUCCAAUGACCUUUAUCAAUGGACAUUUGAGACAGACUGUCCUUUAUCUGUGGAGUUCAGUGAUGAAGAUGUUAUUGCUUUAGAAGCUGUUGUAGACCAGCUUCCCACUGAGGCUUUGGAAUUUAUUAGCCCUGUGCCCCUUAAUGACAAUAUUGCUCCCUCUGAGUCUCAAGAGACUGAAAAUGUCCAGAGUGCAGCAUCUGAACCAGAACCUUGUUACAGCAGCUCUCCAUCCCAAAUCCACACAGAGGAUGAGGAAUCCAGCACUAGUUUGUGUGGCACAAAGAGAAAGAGGAGCAGUAAACAAAGAGGAGGGAAGGUUCGUGUGAAGGAGCGAGAACAAGAGAAUGACAAGAAAGUGUCCUAUCUGGUGGCUGAGAAUGAACGAUUGAAAGCUGAGAUUGAACGUCUAAGUGUAGAAGUGGAGAAAACCAGGAAAGAUUUGAUCGAAAGGAUGGUGAACCUUAAAAGGGUUUAACUUUAAGACCAAAGACUCAUCUGAGUGGUAUGAACCACGUUUAGAAUGUUUUGAUGUCUGCAUGGACACUGUCCUUCACCGUGAUGGAUCUUGUACAGUUUUUAUUUUGUUAUCUAAAACAAAACCAGGACUAAUGGCUAGCUAUUUAAUUUAGGGACCUACAUCUUGUGUAUGUUUAAACUGUUUAUUGGAUAGCAUGCAAACUGUAUCUAAAGCAGACCAGUUAACUAAAACCUGGGGUUUAUUUUCCCUUUCCAGUUUGCGCUCCAGUACUUGGUGACCACACAGUUCCAAAAUUAGGGAUUAUCUAGGUUUCAACAUAUAUCAAACAUGGGCUGGCUUGAAAACUGCUACUCUAAUUCUUCCUUCAACAGAUUGCAAAUGUUUGAGUGCAUGCUAGGAAUUGUCUGCACAAGACAUUGACUAGCAGUGCAAAUAACAAUUUAAACUUAAGACGUACUCUUGGUUCUGGUUAACUGGUCUUAACACUUGCAAAACAGUUACAUAGAACUUCUGUCUAGUAUUUAUCUUUAUAUAAUAAAAACCUAACCUAAUUAUAUUGCACAUUCUGUGGAGUAUAAAUGCAUUCUAGAACUCUGCUGCAAGUUUUAAGACAACCGCACAUACCAAAUGAAACCAUAGCUUGCAGCCUGCCUACUGAAAGUACACUGCCUAAACUUGCGCCCAACAGAGAAACAGACUUUAUAAAAUGAACAAUUGUGUGACUUACAAGAAAAUCACGUCCACUACCACAAUCUGCAGAAAACCUUUCUUCCUUAAAAUGUUCACUCUGGUGGUCUCACCCUUCUAAGCCAGCAAUAUAUGUGCAGACUUGUAUCCUGUGUAGAACCUCCUCAUAGUGGCUACUGCAGAAAGGGUCUAAGCAGGAUUCUCAAGGCCCAAUUGCCAGCAAAACACUCAGGAUAUAUGCUUGCAAAAGAGAGAAUUUAUGGAUGGAUAUCUACAAUAUACAGAUUGUAGGAGUCUCCAACUGUCUGCUAGCUUAACAUCUUUAAAAUAAUUAUUAGCAGCACCUUGGUCAUCCCCUGGCAUAACCAAAUGAGCACUUUUUUUUUGUUCAAUAAAAGUGUAUUUUAUGCUGUGACUAAGGUCACUCAGCUAAAAGAUCAUGCCCAUUUAACUGUAUAGAAUGUGUUUUUAAAGUGUUGCUGACUCUAGAUCAAGCAUGUCAAACUCACGGCCCACAACGACCAUCUUUGUGGCCCAGCAAGCUGCCAGUACAUGCUGGUGUUAUAGCAGAGUAGGCACCUGCUUUUCCCCCAUGUUACAGGUGCCUACUCUGCUAAAAUUUACCCGGCUGGUGAGGAAGGGACAGUGGAUGCAGCAAGGGAGCUCAGGGUUCCUGCAUCAUCGCAUGCUCUUUAGUGAAGCCGGGCACCGGAAUGACGUCAUAUUCUCCUGCAUCACUAAACCACGUGAGGUAGCCGGAAGGAGAUCUCCAGACAGAAGAUCCCACACCAGUUCCCAAAGUUGGGGAACAAUAAAUUAAAUGAUGUGUCAUUGGCUGUGACUGGACAGCGGUGUGCAUGGAGGCUCUGAUUUGGCAUUGGGGGGGGGGAGGGAACUGGGAUUUAGUAGAGCGGGAUGUUUUUUU